GGGCGUCACUUCCGGGCGGCGCGGCGUCAUUUCCUGGCGCGGGCGCGUGCCGCACGCUGGUGACUCCGCGCUCCCUCAGCAGGCGGGCGCGGGCAGGGGAUGCUGCGGCCCUCGGGGCGCUCCGAGGAGGGCACGGCGCGGCCUCGGCGCUGCCCGUGCUGAGAGGCUCGCCUGACCAUGGCCAGCCUGGCCGCCCAGGACUCCUACCUGCAGGGCCUAGCGAGCCGGGUCUGCGCGCAGCGCGCCCCGGAGGCGCGGAAGAGAAAGCGGGUGUCUAAGCCAGGCCAGCCUGAAGAUGCUGGCAGGCAGCUCAAAAAAAGGAAGAGAAAGAAGCCUAGAAAGCAAGCUGAGAAGGCAAAUGGUCCUCCAGUUAAACAGGUGGUGUCCAAUAACAAUAAACUUGCCCCAGUGCAGAAAGCAGUCCCUCAGUCCAGCACCUCAUCCCAACAAAGUGUUAAACAGAGCAAAAAUGAGAGUUCGGUUACAGAUGGCAAAAGCGAACUCAGUUCGCCUUCUUUUUCUGCAAUGAAUCUCUUGCGUCAGAGAUUACAUGAGAAGAUUAAAAAAGCUUCUGGUCAGGAUGAUGCCAAAGAAUUACCCCCUGCUGUCCUGGAGAAGAGGCGUAGAAGGAAGUAUGAGAAAGAGAGAAAGAAACGUCGAAGAAAGGAGAUGAAGAUGAAGGAGAAAAUGGAGAAGAAGGUAACAGAGGAGUUACCUGUAGAGCCAGAAAGCAAAAAGGAGGAGAGCACAGCUGAGAUUGUCUUUAACAGGGUUGAAGUCCAUGAAGAGAACGAGCUGAGCAAGAUUCAGAAGAAGAAAGAGAAGAGGAAAGGAGUGAAAGGCAAUAUUACACCUUUGACAGGCAAAAACUACAAGCAGCUGCUGAGCAGGCUGGAGACCAGGAAGAAUAAGCUGGAGGAACUCAAGGAUAAAGACCAGAAGAAAGCCCAGGAGCUAGAGAAUAAGAUGAAAUGGACAAAUGUUCUCUAUAAGGCUGAAGGCGUAAAGAUUCGUGAUGACGAGGAACGUCUGAGAGAGGCUUUGAAGCGCAAGGAGAAGCGUAAAGCGCAGCGCCAGAAGCAGUGGGAGAAGCGGACAGAGACGGUAGUAGAAAAGAUGCAACAGCGGCAGGAAAAGCGUCGCAAGAACAUUCAGAAGAAGAAAAAGGACAAGAUGGAGCGCAAAAAAAACAAGGCCCGGAAGAAAGGGCGCGUUCUGCCAGAAGACUUGAAGAAAGCUGGCUUAAAGUGAGAGGGAGGCGAUCAGUACUUGCAGCCUGGGAACUGAAGCCCUGGUUAUGGGGCUGCUUGUGGGACUUAGUGAACUUUUACAGAGCUGCUCUGGUACAUCUGCCUCGUACUGUCUAUUUUUGUAGUACAGCAUAACUGGGGGACUGAGGAAGUUAUCUGAGAAGUCAGGCAGCCUCUGUGGCUGUUGGUGUUGCUGCCUCUGCUCAAUAAAAACAUCUUGUGUGGUUGUGA